UAAAUAAUUGAAUUAUGGUGGGUUGGAACUUGGAAGGGGGACCUUAAAAAUAGAAAUAGAGGGAAAUUUCUUUAAAAAAACUAAAAAUAAGAAUCCAAUUAGUUAUAGUCCAUGAAAGUGAGCUAGCAAUCCAUGUGAUUACCUGUCAAAACCCACAAAACAGUCCACUUUCCAGUGAGGUACUUUGCUGUUCUUACUUAGCUGCUGCUACACUUCUUCUUCUUCUUUGAAUUCUUUGAUUACUGUAUUAUUCUUUUCUAUUUUAAUUCAUUUUUCUGCCAAACCCACUUAAUUUUUCUUUCUAUAUAUAGUAAUUACUGUAAGAUAUCAAAAGUUUCCUUUCUUGAUUUUGAUUACUUACCAAACACAUCCUUAAUCAUCAAAAUUAAUUACACCCUAAUUUUUUUUUCUCCUUUUAUUUUUCUCAUAAAGAUUAAAACUUAUGGCUACUCAAGUUCCUGUUUCUGAGCCGCAAUUGCAAGAGCAAGCAGAUAAAAAGGAAUCACAAGUGGUAGAUAAAGUGGUGGAGAAAUCACCAGAAGUGAUCAUAUCAUCUGAGCAAACAGACAUGCCUAAAGCAGAAGAAGUAAAAACCGAGGCACCGGAGAUGAACAAAGAGGUGGUUGCUGCUGAGGAUAAAGCAAGUACACCUGAUGCCCCGGUGACAGAACCAGAAACUGUUGCAGAAGUGAAGCAGGAAAGUCCCGAAAUUGAGCCCAAGAGUGAAGCUCCUGUAGAAACACCAGCCGGGGAACAUCCCAAACUGGAGGCUGUUGAGGAAAAGAAUGAAGAGAAAGUGGAAAAAGUGGCUGAAGAGAAAGAAGUAGAGGCUGAAGCUCCUAAAAUUGAAGUGCCUGUUGAAGCACAAACCGAGGAGCUACCCAAAGCCGAAGAAGUUGUUGAGGCGAAGGAGCAAGAAUCUGAAGCCCCCCAAAGUGAAGAGCCUGUUGAAAAAAAGAAUGAAUUAGUUACUGCUGAAGAAGUGGUCAAAGAGCCAAAACAAGAGGAGGCUGAAGUGAAGGAAGUUGCUGCUGAAGAGGAGAAGCCGAAGGAUGUUUAUGUUGAAACCAGAGACAUUGAUGUUGUGAAAUCAACUGUUGAGGGUGUUGCUGAGACAAAGGUAACGUCAGAAGACAAGCCUGUAGAAGAACCUCAGGAAGCAGUAAUUGAGAAGGUGACCGAGAGAAGUUUAGAAGCAGUUCCUCUUGCUGAGCCUGUCAAAGUAGAGGAGUCUAAGGAAGAAGAAAACUCGAAAGGUGAAGUGGUUGAAUCCACUGUUGAAGAGGGUGGUGAGAAAACAGUAGAAGCAGAUCAACCUGUCCAGGAGGAAGUGGUGAAUGUGAAAGAUUUAGCCUCCGUAGACUACCCUAAAAAUGUAGAGGAGUCAAAGCAGGAGCCUCCUUCUGAAGUAGCGGAGGAAGUGGUAAAUGUGAAUGAUUUAGCCUCUGUUGAUUACCCUAAGAAUGUCGAGGAGUCAAAGCAGGAGCCUCCUUCUGAAUUAGCAGAGGAAGUGGUAAAUGUUAAUGAUUUAGCAUCUGUUGAUUACCCUAAAAAUGUAGAGGAGUCAAAGCAAGAGCCUCCUUCUGAGGUAGCGGAGGAAGUGGUCAAUGUAAAAGAUUUAGCCUCCGUUGAUUACCCUAAGAACGUAGAGGAGUCAAAGCAAGAGCCAUCUUCUGAAGUGGCGGAGGAAGUGGUGAAUGUGAAAGAUUUAGCCUCCGUAGACUACCCUAAGAUUGUAGAGGAGUCUAAGCAAGAGCCACCUUCUGAAGUAGCAGAGAAAGUGAGUGAGCCAAGUGAUGCACCGGCAGUUGAAAGCAAAAAGAAUGUUGAGGAAGAGAAAUUGAUUACUGCACCCGAGAAUGUGGAUGUGGAAAAGAAGGAAAUUGCCAAAGAACAAGCCGAGGAGAAAAUUGCUGAGACUGAGAAAAUUGAAGAAAAUGGUGAUGUUUCAAAAAGGUCUAGUCUAGGAGACAUGAUGAAGGAGGACACUGAUACUACUCAAGCUGAAGAAGCUGCGAAAGUGACUGCAAAUGAGACUGUGAAAGAGACUGCAGAAGUUUCAGAACUGGUGAAAGCUGUAGACGAAAGCAAAGAAAAAGAAGUGAAAACUGAGGAAACUAAGCCAGAAGAAUCAGCUCAGAACCAAGAAGUAGCCGUAAAGAGCAGAGAUGUUGAGGUGAUUCCUCCUCCUUCGGUACCUUCAGAGGAAAAGGAAGCAGAAGAAGAGAAGGCCUCAGCUCCUGUUGUCGAGGCAGAGAAAAAUGGACAUACUGAGCAAGUUGCUAAGGAAGUUACAGCAACUAAGGAUUCCGAUGAAGAGAAAAAUGAAGACAUAGUUGCAAAAAAGCCUCCUUCCAAGACAAUAUUGUCCAAGGUGAAAAGCUCUCUUGUGAAAGCAAAGAAGGCGAUCAUUGGAAAAUCUCCUUCCUCGAAGACAAUCUUAACUGAUGCUAGUAAGGGUGAUUUGUGAGUAAAAUUUGAGCUGAUUUGCUGUAUCAUAUUUUUGGUGUUUGUGAUGUUGUUGAGGUUGGUGUUUGGUAUUAUUUCGGUUUGUUUUGGUUUGUGUUCCAUAGAAUGUGAAUACACAGAAGGGUAUAGGUUUGAGGUUCUGUAAACUUCAUGAUUUCAUUUCUUUUGUUGUUUAUUUUAUUGAGAUUCUUAUUUAGUACUGCUAUUUUUUCAAGUGUAUGAAAUAGUAAUUGUAUUUGUUUGCUUUCUAGUUUGUUGAUAAACAUUGAAGAAUUGUUAUUGAAGCAUUAUUAGUGGUAUAUUUGUCUUUUUA